AUGGCCAGAGGUGGCGCCACACGGCGUCCCCCCAGGAGCCACGGGGACCCUGAACCGGGCGCGCCCCGGCCCGCCGCGACCGCCGCCGCGGCAGCGCGGCGCGGUCGGCGCAGUUGGUGGCAUCAGCUUCCCGCACCCUUGACGCGCUUCAUGCCCGCAAGCCCCGGGACCCUGCUUCUCUGGGUGACCUUCAUCAGCUUCCUGGUAUACUUCUCAUGGCCGUAUGUGGAGUUUCGUUUGGCGAAGCGCGGGAUGGAACGCUCAGUGACGCCACUUGAUGCGCCCCUGAUGAUGGAUCUUCCUCAGUUCCAAGGCGAACAUCAGGAGAGCUUGUAUUGGGGAACUUACAGGCCGAACUUAUAUCUGGGAAUUCGUGCUAGAACCCCACGAUCUCUCUUAGCUGGGUUGAUGUGGCUUGACAUGAGAAAUGGACAAUAUUCUCUUCGUCACACUUGCCAAGAUUUUGAUAAGCUUAUCAAGCAUGGGUGGGAGGCUCACAAUGGCAGGGACUAUGGACGUCAAGAGUUGAUUGAUCAUGCUUUACGUUUGACCACUAGCUUCCUCAAAGAGAAAGGAGAGGGAAGUGGCUACGGUGGAGAUUGGGUUGUUCGACUGGACGCACAGGACAAGAGGUCAAGUUUAAGUGAAGCCCAACAAAGCGCAACACAUCUAUUCUUCUAUAUUGCCGACGAAGAUAGAAAUUUGAUCACUGUGGGCUCACAUGAGACUUAUUUAAGUGGUCAUGCUCUUUUGGCGUUUGGGUUACAUGACGAUAUUGGUGGCUGGGAGCUCCAUUUGGGAUCUAAGGACAAUGUGGAAAUUCACAGAGCUGGGUUCCAGUCGAUCAACAUGCAUGAACUAACUGAUCUUGUUGAGCAAACACUAAGGAAAAAUGAAAUGCAAACUGGGAACCUUAACCUACCAGACAUGAUUGAAGACUCUUCAAAUAUAAUGAUCUAUCAGGUUUCCAUAAAACUUCCUGCCAUAAUAGACAUAGUGUUCUUGUCAGGAGCUGGCUUAGACAAUUCAAUGAUUGCAGAGCGUGUUAAAAGGCUGACAGGUCCCAUGCUGAGCAUGCGCCUUGAAUCAAAACAGAAGCAUUUUGAAGAGAGAUACAAUCACAUUUUCAAUGUCAAUAAUAAGAUCCUAUCCAAAGAACUAUCUGUUGGUAGAGUCGCCUUGUCAAGUCUUCUUGGUGGUAUCGGCUACUUCUUCGGGCAGUCAAAAAUUGCAUUCCCAAAAAGUUUCAUUCAAAAAUAUGGCGAUAAACAUAUUCCAUAUUGGCCUGCAGCGCUAUAUACAGCCGUCCCAAGUCGCUCAUUCUUCCCUAGGGGAUUCCUGUGGCACGAGGGCUUCCAUCAGUUAGUCAUUUGGCGCUGGGAUGCUCAGAUAUCCAUGGAUAUAAUUGGUCAUUGGUUAGAUCUAAUUAAUGCAGAUGGAUGGAUUCCAACAGACCAAAUCUUAGGAGCUGAAUCAUUAAGCCUAGUACCCGAGAAGUUUGUUCUGCAGGACCCUUCCAAUGGAAACCCUCUGACCUUAUUUCUUGCGAUACAUGACAUGGCAAGUGGCAUGCGUGCAAACCAGUUUUCGGGUGAGGAAGCUGAAAAAAUUUCCACUUUCCUUGAAAGGGCUUAUGUACGGCUGAAUUCUUGUUUUCAGUGGUUCAACAGUAGACAAUCUGGGAAGUAUGAAGGGACUUUUUUUUGGCAUGGAAGAGAUAGUAUAACGAUACGGGAGUUGAACCCAAAGACAUCGACAUCUGGUUUGGAUGACUAUCCUCGUGCGUCUCACCCUAAUGAUGAUGAACGCCAUGUUGAUCUUCGAUGUUGGAUGCUUCUUGCUACAAAAUGUAUGCGGUUAAUUGCAGAAUUGCUUAAAAUGGACACCUAUCUUGAGAAGGAUUACUAUAAUCUGUCAAUUCAACUUUCGGAUUUUGGGACCCUUAACAAGAUGCACUUGGAUGUUAAAAGUGGUGGCUAUUUUGAUUAUGGUAAACAUACAGAAAAGGUUCGGUUGAGAUGGUAUGAAUUAGAAGGUAAGUAUGCCAUGAGACGGGUACUUUUAAGAGAGACAUUACAGCCUCAUCUGCAAUUAGUACCCCAUGUUGGUUAUGUCAGCCUUUUCCCCUUCAUGAUGGGGGCCAUUCCACCAGAAUCAUGGGUUCUUGAGAAGCAGCUGGACAUCAUAUCUGAUAGGUCUAUCUUGUGGACGGAUUAUGGCAUUCGGUCACUUUCUAGAACAAGUUCAAUGUACAUGAAGCGUAAUAUGCCACAUGCUGCUCCGUCUUGGAGAGGUCCAAUUUGGAUAAACAUGAACUACAUGAUUCUUUCGGCACUUCAUCACUACUCACACGCGGACGGCCCGUACAUGGGCAGGGCAGGUGAGCUGUAUGAUGAACUAAGAUCGAACCUGAUUCGGAAUAUUGUGCAUAAUUACCAUGAGACAGGCUUCUUCUGGGAGAAGUAUGACCAGAAGAACAGAGGCAAGGGGAAGGGCGCGAGGUCAUAUACAGGAUGGAGUUCACUUAUAGUUUUGAUAAUGUCAGAGUCAUACCUUAGCAUUGCCGACUUAUCCAAUUAG